AUGAUUCGGGACCGCAAGAAUUGCUUGACCUAUAUUCUUAUAUUGCUCAUAUCAUCCAUUGCAGUGAUGAGCUAAGUUUAGGCUCAAAUUUCAGACUAAUAAUCAGAGAUCAGUCAAAAGCGAAAUUUGUUAACCACUAUUAAUUGGAAAUGGAUCACUCGAGCUCACUAUAGAUACUACUUGGUUUCUACGUGGUAACAGUCAGAAAUAGUAAUUGGAUCGCUCGAGAACGGUAAUCUGAAGGGGCCAAAGAGAGUACUUCAAAAUCUGAACCCUCAACCUGAGCCACCGGGGUAUCUGUACCCUGAUGAUCCAGUAUAGGAAUGCCCUACUGAGAUUCCUUUGCCACCAGUGACUGAUUUUCCAACAUUCACCAUAGGCCCUCCUCCUGAGACAGAUUUUCCUCCUGAAACAACUUAGGAGCCUGAAUAGACAACUACUGUUACACCAGUACCGACAAGUGAAAAUGUACCAACAACUACUCAAGAAGUGACAUUUACUAUUGAACCAACCUCAAGCUCCAAUAUAACUGAGUUACCAACAGAAACUACAGUGCCUACAGAAACUAUUGAACCGACAGAAACUACAGUGCCUACAGAAACUAUUGAGCCGACAGAAACUGUUGAGCCUUCAGAGUCAACAUAUCCCACUGAAACUUAAGGACCUACAGAAACAUUAGUACCUACAGAAGUAGCUUCAACAACAGAGUAGACUUAUACACUAGAACCUACUUAAAGUCCAGAUGUAACAGAGCCAGGUGAAACAACUGAGCCAAUAAUCACCAUUGGACCAACCCAAUCGCCUAAUGUCACUUUAUCACCAGAAGAAACUACAUUGCCUCCUCAACCAACUUCAAGUUCUGGGUAAAUCUUUGCUCCAAUUGGAUGUGAUUAAUAUGAAAGCAAUGGCAUAUGUACUUAGUGCAAUCUUUACUCAUGGUUAAAUCCAAGUGAUAAUAGUUGCAAUUGCUUCUUCAACUAUAAAGUAGAAGCAGAACAAAUACCAGUCACAAGCGAUACAAACGACACAGUCACUAAUACAUACAAGCUGAGCGUCUACACCUAGCUUGAUCUGAGUCAGGAUUUAUUUUCAAAUGAUAUCAACUGCACUGACUUGUUGUUCUUUAUAUUUGCUGACUCUCAGACGAUUGAAUAAUUGGCACCCGAGGUGGAUUUGUUAACUUGCCAACUAUACUAAAUCUUUUACAUAGUCAAGCCUACAGGCAAUGGAUCUUAUGUCAAUAUUUUAGAGAUCAGCAAUAUGACAGAAAAUGUGUUCCAAGCAUUCCUUAAUGAUGAUAUUGAAUUGGCUUACGACUAUUCUGUUGUGGAUCUAUAAUGCUAUGGUGCUCCUGAAUUGCUUGUUACUUAUUAAGGUUUAUAAUGCACUUCUGAGCAAGAUUACUGCAACAAUAAUUAGUCAGAGAACGUAAAUUCAAUUCUACUUGCUGGGAAAAGAAAACCAGGUGGAUAUGGAUUAGUAUAUGGAGUAUGUAAUUAUGAUUAUAAUCUGACAAUUAUAAAUGACUAAAAUCUAGUAGAUUAUGGAAGCCCCUUUUCUCUAUAAUUAGACUUACAGAAUGCUCUAUAUAAUGGAUAAUAUCUUUAAGAUAACUAAACUGAGAGCGCUGUUGACUGUAGUGAUUUGAUUUCUAUUUAGACUUUCAAUGAUACUGAUGUUGACUGGUAAACAGUCUUCUUUACUCAAGAUCUGCUAACUUGCACUGCAGAAAUGAUUCAAAUAAAUCAGCAAAACUAGACAAUCUUUUUGAGAUCUGAUAAUGAAUCAGCAGAUAAUACUUAAUAUUUAAGAAUCAAAUUAAUGAAUUUACAAGAAGAAGUUGUCAAUGCUCUUAAUCAAAGAGUCUUUGAUUUGAGUCUUAAUCUUAGCAACUUUGUUUUCAUUAAUUGUCCUAAUGAGGAAUAGACCCUUGCCAUUUACUAGGCCAAUAAUUAGACCUUAGUUAUCCCCAUUUAGUCGAAUGAAUCGGAUAACUUCUAAAAUGAAAGUGGAAAAAAUCAGGCUAAAUUUAAUUGCUCAUCUAACUGUACUAGUUGCGACUCGUCGACAGGAUAAUGUAGAGCUUGUCAACAAGGAUAUAUACUUUUGCCAGUUGAAAAUGAUACAAAUACAUGUCUAUUGAAUCCUUGUGAAGCCAAUUAAGUGUAUGACAUACCAACUUCUUAAUGUGCUGAUUGCCCAGAAAAUUGCUCAUCAUGCGACCCUUAAACCAGAACUUGCCUUGAUUGUGCUUUUGGAUACUUCAAGCUUUUCUCCAAUUAUAAUCAAAGACGAUAAUAGAGAUAUCUUAGUGGUCCAUUCUAAUGUGUAGAGCAAUGUCCCGUUGAUUUCUUCACUGACUAUGACAAGUCCUAAUGUGUUUUGUGCGAUCCAGAUUGUGGAUAAUGUUCAGGUAACCCUAACUACAAAUGCUUCUGGUGGUUCUAAAAGGCACUAUGUUCAGCAAAAAGUAUAAAUGAAUAAACAUAGAAAGUCUAAGGAUAUCUAAGAUGCGUUAAUAACUGCCCAGGUGGAUACUACUAAGUUGGUGGAUGGUGCCGCUCAUGCAAGACUAACUGCGAUAGAUGUUCUAAUCAAGCCACUUGCUAGCAAUGCAGUUCAUAUUAUCAACUCUAAAAUGGAGAUUGCGUUAAUAACCUUUGUGAGAGCAACCAAUUCGUAAACCAAAGAAGUUAAUGCUAGAAUUGUUCAGAUAAUUGUACUUCAUGCACUAGAAAUUAAAAUAACUGCACAUCUUGCAUUGAUGGUUAUGUACUUUAAAGUGGAGUGUGCGUAGAAGCAAACUAGUCAUUAGGUGGCGAAGUAAAAUGCUAAACAGGAUUCUACUACAAUCUGACUUAAAAUAGAUGUCUCAGAUGUAGUCCAUAUUGUCUAAGCUGCUCUUCAUCUUAGGAUUGCGAUGAAUGCUCAAAACUAUCUUACACCCUACUGAAUUAAACUACAAGUUAAACUAGAUGCGUUUCAAUCUGUCCUAAAGGCUAUUACUCUAGUAAUGCAGGCAGAGAAUGUAAAGCUUGUUUAACUAAAAAUUGCGAUGUUUGUGCCCCAUAGUCUAAUUGUUGGACAUGCAGUGAAGGGUUCUAUAAAGGAAGAUCUUCAUGCUUUAACACAUGCCCUGCUGGCUCAUUCCUAAGCUAAGACUAUCUUAAGUAUUACUAGUGCUCUAACUGUGCUGCUCCUUGCUAGAGAUGUAAUUCUAGAGAUACUUGCAGUUCUUGUGCAGCUCCAUAUAUUAAAGUUACCUCACAAUUCUCAGAUAUCAAGGAGGAAGAUGUAUAGAAAAUCUUAAAGAAAUCUUGUGUCUAUAAUGCCUCUUAUUGUCCCGAUGGCACAUUUUACUCAGCAUAGAGAGAUUAAUGCAUUUUGUGUCCAAGAGGAUGUGCGCUUUGUGAUAAGACAGGUUAAUGUACAGGAUACUGCAAUAAUCAAACUAGAUGCUAGGAUUGCAUCUCUAAACCAGCUUAAUGUAUUCAAUGUCCAGAAGGUUUUGUAUUAAUCCAAUCCGGAGAUAAUGUAAGCUGCAGAAGAUCUUGCUAAGGACCAGGUAUUUUCUAUGACGAAAAAUCCUUAUCUUGUCAAAACUGCUCUUAAAACUGCUAAUCCUGCAACGACUCUAUUGGUUGUAAUAGAUGUGGAGAAGGAUACUAUAAAUAAAUUGAUGGCAACGGUACUGUAUCUUGUGUUGCAAAUUGUCUUGAUGGAUACUAUGGAAAUAACCAAUCUAGAUAAUGUGUGAGAUGUCAAAGAAAUUGCUAGUUGUGUGAUUCUGCAGCAAAAUGUUUAACAUGUGAUGCAUAAACUUCCUUAGAUCCAAAUACAGGCAGAUGUUAUUGUGCACUUAGAUAUACAGCUUAUCUUUCAAGUUAAAGCGACAAUGUUCAGGUGAGUUUCUAGAAUGUGAAUUGGAAUUCUUAAGUAUCAUAAAUAUUUGGAAAUCCAGAGUAGCUAUUUAAUUGCUCUGAGAUCUUCGACUUCAAUCAAGUUAACAACACUAUUGCAGCUAAUCCACCAUAUGAUAAUAGCCCUGACGCUCUAGAAAAUCUUUAAUGCACCGCUUCAUAUUUACCAGAUGCCAAUGCUGCUGAGAUACAAAUAUAUAAUGUCUCAUAAACUCUCCAAACCUUGAUUAGAUUAAAGCUAGUAACAAUUGGAUUGAGAAGAGGUGUUUACAUCAUCAACUGUGUAUAGUUUAAACCUUUGACUCUUUCUUUUGCUCCUGCAAAUAGACGCUAAACUAGAUUUUAUUCUAAUUAAAACGAAGAAUCGAAUAGUAAUGAAAACUGCUCUGGAAAUGGAAGGAGGUUACUUCAAGAAUAAGAUGCAAUUUCAAUGAUCUAAACAGAAGUUCAAAAUGAUUAACUAGUGGAGACAAGUGAAAAGGAAGAAAUUCAAUAUUCAGAGAGAAGAAAGGAAAUUUAAUACAGCUAAAAGCUCAAUAUUUGCCUUUUGAUAUGUGUUAUCAUGAUACUUGGAGUAGUUAUAGCUAAGAAAAUAUUAAACAGCAAAAAGAAUGAAAUUAUUUAUUAGAGAUAGGAUAGUGAAGUUGAAAUGGAAAAUAAGGAGUAAGCACAAAAAGAAGAAGUUCAACUACUUUAUUGA